AGCCAGAAAUCUGUCUGUUCACCGUCACUCUGUCCUCUCCUCCGUCCUCCUCCGUCCUCUCCUCCGUCCUCUCCUCCCUCCCCGGCGGCUCUGCUCAUCCACCCAUGCAGCCUCCCCGGUUGUCUAGGAACUCCCUGCUGCUGAAAAACUGAUCUGGAGCACAGAGAGGAGUGGACAACCUUUUUUUUGGUACUUACUAAUGAGCUGGAGAACUUGUCAGCACAGAUGAAGAGACUAAUGGACAUUCUGCUAAUGGACUCAAAAUAAAGGGAUCCUGGAUUUUAUUGUUGUUUGCAACAAGUCUCUUUACAAAUGACAACUUUGGGCUUGAGAACCACAUAAAUAAGCGCAUCAUGCUUUUGAAGUCAGGAAUAUUCCUCACCUUGUGUCUGUUUACCCUCCAAGCAAGUCAAAUCAAAGAAAUACAUGACCAGGGUUUUUCCGGACUGAGGGAUGUCAAGUACCGACACUUUCUAGAAUCCUCCAGACCGAUCAGACACACCACAAAUGUCAGAACGGAGCCGAAUGGACAUCGGAAUAGGAGGUCGCCGCUCCUCACCACGGGGGUCAAAGUGUGUCCGCAGGAGUCGAUGAAAGCAGUCAUCGGCAGCCAUCGGGCCUAUUACAAACUCAGAGUUUGCCAGGAAGCAAUUUGGGAAGCGUUUCGGAUCUUCUUGGACCGAUCCCCAAACUCGGAGGAGUAUAGAGCCUGGCUUUACACCUGCCAGCAUGAAAACCUCUGCAUGGACGACCUGGCCCAGAACUUCAGCAGCUCUCAGGAGCAUCUGGACCUGGUGGCCCGAAGGGUGGCGGAGCAAACAGAAAUCGAAGGAGUUUUUGCUGGAACCACAGAGUCAGGAAUUGAUUGCACCUGGACACCCCCAAUGAUUGUGCUACCAACUGAGGCUAACAUCGAGGAAGACCCCAACAUGAUCAAAGAGAACUAUGAGGAGUACGUUAUCCAUUUCAGUGUUACCAUCUCGGACCCGGCGUUCACCAAGCUGCUCAGGGAUCCACAGGUGGUGGAGUACAGUGAAAUCAGACAAGAGCUCACAGAAAAGAUGCGUCGUGUGUUUGCAGGUGUCCCUGGAUUCAAAGAGAUUCGUGUGCUGGGAUUUCGCUCAGAGGAUGUGUCAGUGCGUUACGCCAUGGUCUUUAAUGGAGAAACUGAGCUCAACGAUGAACCUGACGUUCUUGAGAAGCCUGACAUGGACGAGGAUAUGAAUGCUCCUAAGCUGAAGCACAUCAUCGUAAAGGCCUUGAAACAAGAGACCUCACUCCCACUGGACAUGGAGACACUCAGCUUUGAGAGUGUAACCACAAUUUAUCCAGUUGCGGAGCUUGGCAUUAACGCAGUUGAGGACGACACCACAAAGCCACCUACGGAAGACCGAUCUCCCACCCAGAGUUUCUUUCCCACUGUGGCAGUGAUAGAAAACUUGUUGGAAGCUUCUACAUUCAAACCAGAAACACACACAUAUGUGCCUUUCAUCCCGAACAUCCUCCCAGAAAGCACUUAUGCCAUCACUGAUGAGACUCCUCUAGUGUCCGCAGUAGAGGAGGAAUCCACAGAAGAUGCUGCGGUGGAGGAUCUGGAGGAGCAGCCACCAACUGAGCCUGUUAACAGUGGUGAGGCUGAACCUGAGGUGACGGACGAACCUGAACCAGCUAAUGAAAUUCCUGAAGAACAUCCCUUAGCACCUCCAGAAGAGGCUACAGUCCCAGUAUCGACACCAUCAUCUCAGGAGGAUGUUGAAGGCAUUGAACCAGAAACAGAAGAGGAAUAUUUGCUAUCCCCUGCAGAGAGCGGCGAGGCCCCCGAGGACAGGGUUGAGUCUGGUGGAGGGCAAAGUGCAGAAACCCCGGUCCCAACAGAUCUGCCUCCUGAGAACUCCAACAUUCAAGACGAUGUAGGGUCGAGUCAGAACGGGAUGGCGGAGAAUACGACCGACUCUCUGGAAGAAGAGAGCGGCAGUGGAUUUUCAUCAGAGUCUGACGAACACCCGCACGGAUCCACGGCAUCACCAGCCAUGAGGCAAGGCAGCACCCCUCUGAUGGCUGCAGUGGAUGCGGGCAAAGAGUUAGUGGUUUUCUUUAGCUUGAGGGUCACUAACUUGAAGUUUUCUGACGACCUGUUCAACAAGAGCUCCCCAGAGUAUAAAUCACUGGAGCAUACCUUUCUUGAGCUGCUUCUGCCUUAUCUACAAUCCAAUUUGACUGGAUUUAAGCAACUGGAAGUCCUGAACUUCAGGAACGGCAGCGUUGUGGUGAACAGCAAGAUGAAACUGGACAAACCGGUACCGUACAACAUCACAGAAGCUGUUCACUGCGUGCUCGAAGACUUCUGCAAUGCCGCUUCUAAACGGCUCGACAUCAAGAUUGACAGUCGCUCCUUGGAAAUAGAACCAGCCGACCAAGCAGACCCCUGUAAGUUCCUGGCCUGCAACGACUUUUCCCACUGCACGGUAAACCGCUGGACCGGAGAAGCAGAGUGUCUGUGCGACCCGGGCUACACCAUCAUGGACGGCCUGCCGUGUCAGAGCGUGUGUUCUCUGCAGCCUGACUACUGCCUGAACGAUGGCCUGUGUGAAAUAAUUCCAGGGCAUGGAGCCACCUGCAGAUGCCCUGUAGGUAAAUACUGGCACUACCACGGAAAACACUGCGACGAGCUGGUGUCGGUGCCCCUCGACCCUCCUUUAAUUAUAACAUGCCUCGUGGGAAGCCUCUGCUUCGUUCUUGCCAUCAUUGGCAUUUUGCUAUUCAUUAACAAGAAAUGUAUAAGGCCCGUAAAGGCUGUCACUUUGGUAUCCCCCGACAACUCUACACCACAAGAUCAGAAAAGUUAGUCUCAGAAAUAGUGGACUUCCAUCACUGUAUACCGCACAACAAGACGUGGCGUCCCCCAAAUGAAUACAGGACAUGCUGUAUUUUAAGGUCCUCGGAUAGCGAAUGCUUUGAAGAAACAGUGUGAGGAGCUCAUUUGAGGAGCAGCCGUCACCGUGAGCACAAACUGAAGCUGCUGUUUAACUGUUUAUGGGAUGUAACUGUACAUAAGUUUUGAAAUCUAUUGUUCAUAGUGAUCGAAACGUCUCCUUAGACAGAGAGCUAUGGAUGUCAAGGUGAAAGCGACUUAGGUUGUCUUAAAGUGGAACCUCGUAUUUAUUCUAUAUAUUGAAUGGUAGGAGCAUUUCCUGUGUAAGCUUUGCAGAGGUUGUUCUUUCCUCACAAUGAGGUAUUUAUUAUUUACAGACUGAUACACAUGGUGGUAUCUUAAGGUUAGACUGUAACAUGUUGUUUAUUUUACUGUUAUGCUUUACUUGUGUUGGGUCCCAAAAAGAGGAUGAAUGUAUAAGCUGUUGACGUGGGUCAUAACAUGAUGUCUAUAGAAACAUUGGCUGCUAACCUGUCUGUCCCUCUCAAAACCACUCUUCCAACUAAUCACCUGUGUUUUGAGAUCUGGAUUUUUUACACAUUUUGCAUUUAAAAGCAAAACAA